AUGUCGCUAGAUUCACAGAAUGAACGUAAAAACUCAAUAAAUGGACACCAAAAUGAAGGAAAAUCCACAAAUUUAAAUGAAAAUAAUGAUAAUCAACAAAAUAAAGGAACUAAUGAUGAAGAAGAAAAAAAUAAUCAAAAUGAUAUAUUGAAUUCUCCUAAUACUUGUGGUAAUAGAGUGGAUGAUCUGGAAGAGCCUGUAGAAAAUAAUGAGAAUAAAGAAAAUGACGGAAGCUUUGACGAUAUAUUAAAGCUGUUUUACGAUGAAAUUAACACCCUGACCGGAAAGGUCGAAUAUGAUAACAAGAACAUUAUCUUGGAUUCCAAUUCACUAAUACUGAGACUAACAUCUCAGAGCUUUUCAAGCCCUUAUCAAGUUUUACAACUGAAGCCAGAUGCCACUGAGGAUGACAUUAAACGCCGUUACUACAAGCUGAGUUUGCUAAUACAUCCAGAUAAGUGUAACCACGAAAAGGCACCUCAAGCAUUUCAAGUCUUGAAGGACGCUUACAACGACAUAAGGAAGGUGGAUAUUAGGGAGAAAUACAAGGAAAUUUACGAAGAUGCCAGGAAAAUCGUUUACAAACGCCACAAAAUUAAACUCGACACCACUCAAUUAGAGUUGUAUAGUAUGGGCAGGGAUGUGAAUUUAAAGAGUUUUGAAAGUGAGAUUGAAAAGGAGUGCGUUAACAUAUUAAAUAAGCAAAAGGAGCGCAGGGAAUACGCUGAAAACUGUAUUAAAGCUAAUAUUCAAUAUGAAAAAAAUAUACAAAGCAAUUUGAUGAAUUUGGAGAAGGAAAAAUUACAACAUCAAAUCGAGUGGGAUAAAACUAGAGAUUUGCGGGUGAACUCCUGGAAGACAUUCCAGAAUAAAAUGGGUGGAACAAACUUGACAAAGAAUGUAACUGUAAGGAAGGAGGAAAAUACUAAUAUGAACUUAAAUAACAAGUCAAUAAUAAACCUACAAAGUAAUCGUAUAAAUAAAAGAAAGAAGAUUAUCGAUACAACGGAACUUUACAAGCAAAGUUGGAAAUAA